AUGCCCUACGAAUUCGCCUGGGAAGUUAAGGACGAGCCAACCAAGAACGACUACGCCCAUGAAGCCAAAAGUGACGGCAAAGUUGUGAUCGGAUCUUACCGCGUUCUUCUCCCCGAUAGCCGCACUCAGAUCGUUUCCUAUCGCGCUGACGAAAACGGCUACGUCGCUGACGUCAAGUACGAAGGUGAAGCUCAAUUCCCCGCACCAUCCGGAGGCAAUGGCAACUACGGAGCUGGAGCAUCAGCUGGAAAUGGCGGCAACAAUUACGGAGCUGGAGCUUCAUCUGCAGCUGGAAACGGUGGCAACAACUACGGGGCUGGAGCAUCAGCUGGAGCUGGAAACGGUGGCAACAACUACGGAGCUGGAGCUUCAGCUGGAGCUGGAAACGGUGGCAACAACUACGGAGCUGGAGCUUCAGCUGGAGCUGGAAACGGUGGAAACAACUACGGCAGCAGCGGAAAUGGAAACAGUGGAUAUGGCAGUGGAAAUGUAGCAAAGCCAAAUGGCAAUGGCAACAAAUCCAGCGCUUAUUAAAAUUAUAAAAUUUAA